CCUUGGUACAACAACGUGGCGCGUAUAUACAUUUUAGGCAAACCGCACAUCCAGCUCCUUGCCUCUCCUCCCGGCUCUCCCAUUCCAUCCUUCCAAUCCAAUUCCGGGCAAGCCUUCCCUGAGCGCCACACGGUUGCAUUUUCUCCGGGGGCACGAUACAUUGCUGCCUUCGAUCAGCACAGUGCGUUCACCUGGUCGACAGAAUCGGGUGAUUUUAUUGCGCGUUAUGACAUACGGGGAGACAAAUCUUGGAUUAUAAAUCCUGGCUUGGCUCCUACUUGCCCGUAUCACAUCCCUCAUCCGGUAUCUACUCGACUCACUCUUCCGUUGGCAGGCAACACAGUCUAUGGCCAUCAUUCCUGGGUGGACACGGGGCCUGAGUCGGACGAGACUUGGAUCAAGCGUCCAUUUUUCCAUCACUUACCAAAACAUGGAAGGGGCUAUUCAAUUGCCGCAGGAAGGACCCCACUAGUCCGUGCUUCCCCUAUCGGGCUAGGAGUAUGGUUCAAUGGCGGCCCGCAACUCGCUGUCCCACGAGAGCAUCGCCCGGUUUCUGUCAAGGCAAACAGCACCGAUGGCGUACAGCCCUGGUACGGUGACCAACUGAUCAAUAAUAUCAACGAUUUCUACCGUCCUCAGUCCAGCAAAGAUGGUACUCGAUUUCUGCUCCAGGGUGAGAUGAAAGCACCCAUUGUCGUCGAUAUUGGCCAAGCAGCCUGGUAUCCAAGUGCCACGCUUGACUAUCACUUUCCCAGUGCCUAGGUACACAUGGAUGAAAGUAAUGAGGAUGGGGGAAGACGAGGUGAUAGCACCAGCUUGAAGAUAGAUGCGACAUUGAAGUGUAGGUUGAAGCACAGAAAAUAGUUUUAC